CAAAAGUGUCAUUUUGCGUAAUGGUUGGGCUGUAUGUGAUGAUAUGUACAAUUUUAGGGGGAGGUUGAUGCAAAUCACCAUCGCUGGAGAUCAGGUCUAGUAGAAUCAGAUCGGUACCAGUUAGGUGUUCAUAGCAUUUCAAGAGUCGGUUUUGUGGGUUUGUCCAGAGGCCACUCUACCUAGCUUACCCUUUCAAAGUGUGAAAGGGAAUAUCAUAUACGGUGUUUGAGGGAACACAAGAAGAUGUAUCUGAAGGUGUGUUUUCAUUUCGGAGGGAUCGGAAUCGGAAUCACAUAUUCCGAUGUGAAGUGGAUUGCUUUCCUUGGGAAAGAUGUGAAGUGGAAUGGUGACAUUCUAAGGAACAUCUUUGUUAGAAAUGGAGGUGGUGGGUCCUCAAGGUGGAAUUACUUUUCAAGAUGGUUUUUGUUUGUCUUUGCAUGGAUAAGUAAAGUAAAUAAUGAAUGAAUGAAUAAUGAAUACCAAUUUGGUGGAUUUAUAUUUGAUGGUUUUAAAAUAUAG